AUGUCUAAUAAAUUUAAUAAUAAUAAUGAUUACUUUGCAACACUUAAAAUUCUUCUUGUUGGUAACUCAAACGUAGGGAAAUCGUCUCUUCUAUUAAGAUUUACUGAUGACACAUUUUUACCACAUGAAGAAGUAUCAGCAACAAUAGGGGUGGAUUUUAAAGUACAUGAAAUGGUUGUAGACGAAAAGAAAUAUAAAUUAACAAUUUGGGAACGUUUUAGAACAUUAACAUCUUCAUAUUAUCGUGGCGCUCAAGGUAUUAUAUUUGUAUAUGAUGUAUCAAUUCGUGAGACAUUUGAUCAAUUGGAUAAUUGGUUUAAUGAAUUAAAUACCUAUUGUUCAAAUAAAAAUAUAGCGAAAAUUAUAAUUGGUAAUAAAAUAGAUAAGGGAACUGAAAGAGCAAUUUCACGUAAAGAAGGUGAAGCAUAUGCAAGAAAAUUACAAACUUUAUAUACAGAAUGUAGUGCUAAAACAAAAUAUGGUGUGGAAGAAGCAUUUGCUGAACUUGUUAGAAAGUUUCCUCAAAACCUUAAAAAACUUUCUCAGUUACAAACUAUAUCUGGUCUGAGACUUUAUUCCAAAGCAUUUAUCUUGUCAACUGGCAUAGAGGUUUCAAAAAGAUGGAAGGCAAAUGGUGCAGUAACAGCAAUAGAGAGAAAAGUGCAAUGCUUUGCUGAUCCUGCUGAAUGGAAUUCAUCACUUCUCAAGAAAAUUAUUGAAGGUUCUUUUUUAAUGAUACAUGGUGCAUGUGCUUCGGGUAAAUCAUCUUGUGUAUUUCGAACUAUGGAACAGCUGAAUGAGAAAG